AUGAUGCUGCACAAUGAAGAUUCCAACUCACAGUUGCCCCCACCGAGCAAUCCAAUUCUAGACCGCUACCUUGUGUUCAGAAACGGGACUCCUUUUGUCACAAGAUUGAUGCUUUCUUCGCAGGUGACUUGCUACAUCUUGUCUUUUCUUGUGAACACGCAAAAAGUUGCUGCAAACAUUCCAUACUUUACUGUCUACAACUUUCAACUUUAUCGCAUUCUUCUGAGUCCACUGUUAUGCAAUAGAUUUGUCUCUCUUGUCAUUGCAUUUUUUAGUUUUUCAGAACCUGGCCGACGACUCGAACAAAGCGUCGGCUCUACAUCUUUUCUUUGCCUUGUCACAACACUUGCAACCCUGACAAAUGUUGCAUACAUUAUCUUCGCCUUUCUUCUUUGCGAGCUGACGGGGAAGGAAUCUUUUCUGUACCAACAGGCUUCUGGAAUCUGGCUGGUGGUGUUUGGGAUCAUUGCAAUUGAGUGCAACCGAGCUCCGCCGCAGUCGACUCGUAGACUAUUGUUCUUUCCAGUCCAAGUGGAGUAUUUCCCGUGCGCUUUAUUUGCUUUCUUUUGCUUCUUUACUGGAACAUUUGAAUGGUCCCACAUCCUCUCGAUCGGAAUUGGCUAUGCCUACGAGCACGGAUAUCUAGAAAGUAUGAAGCCAGCCAGCCCGAGAUGUAGGAGAUGGGAGGAGAAGGGCAUUUACGGCUUAGCAGAAAGCGAUGGUUGGGUGAAGUUGGACCAAAUUAUUGGCAGUGGUGCAUGGUGUGCAGAUUCCAAUGAUCACAUAACUAGUCAAGCUUCUAACGGAGGAAGACUUUUCUCCCAAGUGCAGAGACAGUAUCAGAAGGUCUCGACAAAUGUAUUCUCUACAAGAGGAAGUGGUCAUGUCCUUGGUGGUGUGUCAAGACGGACAGCACAGUCCACGGUAGAUCCAAGAAGAGCUAGACUACAAGCAAUUGAAAAGAGAAUGAAUGAGGUCUCUGACCAGGGAUGCUCUGAGGUCUGA